AUGGUUGCAUCGCCGAUCGUUGACAGUCGCCUUCUCUCCAUAAUUGCGGACGACACGCUUUACGGAUUUGAAGCCAACUGCAGAUACGCAACACCGUGCCCCAUGGCCCCAAACGUCGACCACGUUACGGUGCUCUGCCUGGAUAAGGAUCACUUCGGGGAAUACUAUGACUAUUUCUUACCAGACGAAUCCAGACGACGUCGACACGAUGCUGGAGCGCGCUGUCGAGCUGCGCGACCCCCAGCCAAGUUUGGGGGAUGGAUCUUCAUGGGCGCCGUCCCUUCCAUGUACCGGGACGGUAACCUCCUACGUCGUCUUCUGAGUCCGACGCCAGUCCCCGGGGCGCGAAGGCAACCGAGAGCAGUGUUGGUUGAGGGGCUGUUCUUUGUGUCGGACGGGUCUGACCCAGUCUCAGUGCCUCUCAUUGGGGUUGUCGACGCCACUGGGAAGGAGAUAACCAUCCCUGGGCCGCUCGAGCAGCCCAUCCUGCGUCAGGGACUACGGGACGCAAACAAUGAUAAGCCUGUGCCGAAGGGGAAGAGCCUUGCAACCUUCGACCUGUACGACCCCGCGCUGCAGACGUUCAGGCCGCAUCGCAUGGAGGAGACGUUCCCCAUCCGCCUGACGCUCCCUCUGCGGAGUGUGCCGGUUUUCAGGCAAUCGGAGGUCCAGAUGACCGUUUUUGCGCAUAGGUAUGCGACGGGCCGGCCGAUUGUGGGCAGGAAGCCCAUGUGUUCCAUGAAGUACAACUUCAUGGGCCUGGACUGGAUUUGGCCGGUGGGUCUCCCCGAGCGCCGCAGCUACAUGGAGGCGUCCUGGACGCAUGUGGUGCGGGGGUGGCCUUCGUACAAGCGGAUUGCCAUUCGGCCGGAAGUUGGAGAGGAUGGGUGCAUUGUGAAGUUGGCAGGGGAAGGCGUGGAGGCGGGCGUGCAGCCGAAAAUGGAGGAGGAUAUUGAUGGCGAUGAACUGGGGGGAGAGGAGGUCUGGGAGCUCGGUUCGGAUGGGUUGUACCACAUUCAAGUUGUCUCUGCCUAA